UCUUGAAUUCUCCUCUCCGAUAAGGCGAUAACCAUAUAUAAAACCCCGGUUUUUGAUAUGAAUACCCAAGAAGAAGUAGGAGAAUUUACUCAAAUCUUCAACGCUUUGAUGAGUCUAAUGAGGAAAUUCAUAUUCAAAGUUCUAUGUGCGGGUCCAAUCCCUAAUCACGUCUCAUUCAUCAUGGAUGGAAACCGCAGGUUCGCCAAGAAACACAAUCUUACAGGCCUAGACGCAGGACACAGAGCCGGUUUCAUAUCCGUGACAUAUGUUCUUCAAUACUGCAAAGAGAUUGGUAUACCGUACGUGACACUCUACGCGUUUGGCGUCGAUAAUUUCAAGAGACAACCUGAAGAAGUUGAGUGUGUGAUGGAUCUGAUGCUGGAGAAAGUCGAGUACACGAUCAAUCAAGCUGUCUCGGGGAAUCUUAAGGGCGUGAGAGUGUUCUUUGUCGGUGAUUUGAAUUCGUUAAACGAGCGUCUUAGAGUGGCGGCGCAGAGACUGAUGGAAGUUNUCAUUGCAUUCGAACAUAGAAGAGUCUUAAUUUACGUGUUUGUUUUAAGUUCUCUUUUGGACAAGUUAAUCUGCUUUCGAGCCUCUAAUCUUCCUCUUUCUUAA